GUUAACAGGAAGCAGUUUUUAAUUUUUCAUUUUUUGUACCAAUUUAUUUUUUGAAGCAAUACUUUAGACUACAAAAUGUAUAGUCGGUACAGUGAAAUCAGCGUCAAACGUUGUGUAAAGAGAGCUCGACUGUACGAUUCUCGGAACACCGGCGGGUACUGGAUGACACCAGUCCUGCUGCUGGCUGACUGACUGGAGGGGGAGCACAGAGACGGGAACGGAAGCACGCUGGGAAGGCUUUUACUAACCACACACUAAAUACCAGCGAUUUGUGAAGCUUUUAUCAACCUGAACCAUGACGGAAUAACUGGACUCUCCGUAUAAACGGUCCGAUGAUUGUUUUCUAGAAAAGAGCUUGACUCAGUGCUGACAUGCUGCUGUGAGGAUUUAAACGGUUUUCUGCCAUGCAGCAGGUACUGGACAACCUGAAAGAGUUGCCGUCAGGCACAGGAGCCAAAGACAUUGACCUGAUCUUCCUCAGAGGCGUCAUGGAGAGCCCCAUCGUCAACUCCUUGGCGAAGGCUCAUGAGCGCCUCGAGGAAGUCAAGUUACAAGCCGUGGGUGACGAUAAUGUUCAGCUGGUCUCAGAGAUCCUGGACUCUAUCGGGAACAUGCCAGAAAAAGACAUUGCUGCUGCCGAGCUCGCCCGAAUCCUUCAGGAGCCUCAUUUUAAGUCUUUGAUGGAAGCUCAUGACAAAGUGGCCUCAAAGUGCUACGAAACUCCCCAUGUUUCAGCUAACAGCAACUGCCUGUUGCCCAGUUCUUUCAUGCCAGCAGACGCUGUCAGAGUGAUUGGCAUCCAGAAGAAAGCUGGGGAACCACUGGGGGUCACGUUCCGUGUCGUGCGAGGAGAGAUGGUUGUUGCGCGGAUCAUGCAUGGCAGCUCCAUCGACAGGCAGGGAAUGCUGCACACGGGGGACGUCAUCUGCGAGCUCAACGGUCGAGAGGUUGGUAGCAAUCCUCAGGAACUCCAGAAGCUUCUGAGAGACUGCAGCGGGAGCAUCACCCUGAAAGUCCUGCCCAGCUAUAGAGACACGCCAGCACCACCACAGGUUUUUCUGAAGCCUUUCUUCAACUAUAAUCCAGCCACGGACAACCUGAUUCCCUGUAAAGAGGCGGGCCUUCCCUUUUCUAAAGGAGAAAUUCUUCAUGUGGUCAACAAAGAGGACCCCAACUGGUGGCAGGCGCGUAAAGUUGUUGGAGGAGCUGCUGGCCUCAUACCCAGUCAGUUUCUGGAGGAGAAGAGGAAAGCUUUUGUGAGAAGAGACUGGGACGCCAAAGGAACAGGGAUGCUCUGUGGGAGUCUAACUUCCAAGAAAAAGAAGAAAAAAAUGAUGUACAUCACGUCUAGGAAUGCCGAGUUCGAUCGCUAUGAGCUGCAGAUCUAUGAGGAAGUAGCCAGGAUGCCCCCUUUCCAGAGAAAAACGCUGGUUCUGAUCGGAGCCCAGGGCGUUGGGAGGCGGAGCUUGAAGAACAGGCUUAUUGUGAUGAACCCUCUGAGAUACGGAACCACUGUGCCAUUUACAUCACGGCGUCCCAGAGAAGAGGAGAAAGACGGGCAGAACUACUGCUUCGUGACGCGUGAAGACAUGGAGAAAGACAUCAAAGAGAGCCGCUACCUGGAGCACGGCGAGUACGACGGCAACCUCUACGGUACAAAGAUUGACUCUAUCCACGAGGUGGUGGCUGCCGGACGCACGUGCAUCCUAGACGUGAACCCUCAGGCCCUGAAAGUGUUGAAGACGGCCGAGUUUGUACCCUUUGUGGUGUUCAUCGCUGCUCCUGAGCUGGACACGCUAAGAGACAUGCACAAAGCGGUCGUCGAUGCCGGCCUUACAACCAAACUCCUCACGGAGAAUGACUUAAAGAAGACCGUGGAUGAAAGCGCCAGGAUCCGCCGUGGGUACAGCCACUACUUUGACCUGACCAUCGUCAAUGACAAUCUGGACCGGGCCUUCGAGCAGCUGCUGGAUGCUGCCGAGCGACUGUUCGUCGAGCCUCAGUGGGUUCCAGUCAGCUGGGUUUAUUGAUGCUCUGACCCCGCCCCCCCGCCGGGACAGAAGUCACGGUUUGAGCUGUCACAAACAUUUGCAUCAGUCACCUUAAUCUAAAUUGCCAGAUGUAUCUCUAGCACACUAUGCAACUUUGGACACACAUGAAGUGUACUUAUUUAUUGGCUGUUGUUAUUUUUUUAAUAUUUUCUUUCCAAAGGGAUUGAAGAGACACUGACCUGUGUGUCAAGUUGUUUUAAUACAAACAAAAAAAGGGGUUUUGCCAAUUAACUCUUUUUACAUCUGUAUGUGAGAAAUGUAUUUAUUCUGUAAAGUGAGGGCUUGCUUUCUAAAAUGAAUAAUACCUCAGUGUUAACAGUUUACAGUGCUUCAUCUCGUCGUGUCAUUACAAAACAGACACAAGUGUCAAACUCUGGACCUUUUUUAUUCCUGCUCUUCCAUUCAGUCUCAGUGAAUAAAACACUUGGCCUGUCACUGUAUAAUGUUGCACUUGGAAGAAGAAAAGCAAUAUUGUAAUGUUUACCCAGUUUCUCUUUUACUCGAACCUUUUAACAAUGCUGGUGUUGUCAGACAUUUGAGGUGUGGAAGCGCCGGACUGUUGGAUCGGCAACAUCUGGUGUUUUUGUGCAAACAGGAUUCUUGAACAGGGUACUGCAUCUCUGUGAGCCAUCCCUUUUGAUGUGACAUUACUAAAACCCAACCAUUUGAAUUAAAAAUCCACGUUUAUUUUA